AUGGAGAAGAUCGAGCCCAUAUCAUCUACGGGACAGCGAUCCCAGCCCGAAUCCCACAACGAUGUUGGCGAAGUCUACGAUUUGAGUACCAAACAUCACCAGCACGAUCUCGCCAAAGAAGAUGUCGCCGCUGAACUCGCCGAGAUGUUUCAGGGCGGUGAGGGCUACACCUCGCGGGAGGUAUGGCGACUUCGAUGGAAGCUGGACAUACGAUUGAUACCGAUCCUCUGGUUCAAUGUUCUGCUGCCUGCCAUGGACAAAGUCAGCCACGCAACUGCCGCUCUCUACGGUCUGAAGACGGAUCUCCAUCUCGUCGGGGAUCAGUACUCAUGGAUUGGCAGUGUCUUUUACUUCGGCUACAUGGUCUGGUGUUUCCCAGCUGGCGGGCUGCUACAAAAGCUUCCCAUUGCGAAGACCAUGUCCGUUGCCAUGAUGCUAUGGGGCGUGCUGCUGAUCGGAUCGGGUUUCGUCAACUCCUUCUCGCAACUCAUGGCAUGCCGCUUUCUGCUCGGUUUGCUUGAGGCACCAAUCGUCCCAGGCAAUAUGCUGGUCCUCUCAAUGUGGUACACACGAUCGGAGCAAUCGUUGCGCUACGGGCUGAUGUACACUGGGCUCUCAACAUGCUUUACUGGCCCUAUCGGCUAUGCGAUCGGAUUCAUCAAAACAGAUAACUUCCAUGUCUGGCAGAGCUUCUUCUGGAUCUGUGGAGCCAUGACAUUCGCCUAUGGAAUUGUGGUUGGCAUCUUCCUUCCUGACAACCCGGUCAAAGCCAAGUUCAUAAAUGAAAGAGAGAAGGCCAUCGCUAUCGACCGGGUGCGAGUUAAUCAGACCGGCAUCGAGAAUAAGACGUUCAAAAGGGAGCAAUUCAUUGAAGCCCUCCUCGACAUCCGUGUCUGGCUCAUGUUUCUGUUCAACAUCUGGAUCAGCAUUCCCAACGGCGGUCUCACGAACUUUUCGCCCUUGAUCGUGAAGGGUUUAGGCUACACCUCACAACGUUCUGCCCUCCUCACCAUCCCGAACGGCAUCGUCCAGACUGCAUCCAGCUACAUCUGCAACGGCGGAGUCUUCCUUGCCGCCAAAUACCUUCCCCAGUACCACCUUCGCGGGGCGUUCAUGAUGUUUGGCAUCAUCGUCGGACUCAUCGCUGCCGUCUUCCUGUACACGCUCCCUCUGACGGCAUAUCACAGCCGUCUUGCCGCCAUGUACUUGUCCUUUUUCUACCUAGGUCCAUACAUCGUGGGCCUGAGUGUUGUUGGAGCGAACACUGCGGGCCACACCAAAAAGGUCACCGUCAACGCCAUGAUGUUCAUCUCCUACUGCGUGUCGAACAUCGUCUCUCCACAAUUCUUCAAGACGAACCAAGCGCCGCUGUAUCCUCUUGGUUUCGGGGCUAUUUUGGGAUCGUACAUUCUCUCUCUGAUCACCAUCAGCAUUUACAUGUUCCUAUGCUGGUGGGAGAACAAACGUCGCAACGCGCGAGAUGCUGCCGCCAACGAGGUUGUGCACCAAGACACCGAUUUCAAGGAUCUGACCGAUAAGCAGAACUUGCACUUCCGAUACAUUUGGUAAUCGAGAAAGAGUGAAGGCUCUGAUAUACCUAGUGAUUGAAAAUGGAGCGCCCCGUAAAUUGCGGCUCUUCAGUUGAUG